AUGCUUAAUCUGAUUAACUACCGUCUACGAAUCACACUGAUUGAUUCGCGAGUAUUGACGGGUCAGAUGCUUGCCUUUGAUAAGCAUAUGAAUCUAGUAUUAGCAGAUUGCGAAGAAUUUCGAAAGAUCAAGCCAAAGUCAGGAUCGAAAGUACCACAGGGACAACCUGAGCAAGAAGAGAAACGGACAUUGGGAUUGGUGAUUUUGAGGGGAGAGACUAUCGUCAGUUUGAGUGUCGAGGGACCGCCACCGCCCAGUGCCGAUGAGUCAAAAGGAAAGUUGGCACAGCUUCCUGGUGGUCCAGGUGUUGGUCGGCCAACUGGUAGAGGACUGCCUGUUGCUCCGCCAGGAGUAGCGCCUGCAGGUCUUACAGGUCCAGUACGCGGAGUUGGAGGCCCAGCACCAGGAAUGAUGCAACCAAGAGGUCCAGCACCUCUUGCUGCAGCGGCGGCACCAGUAUCAUACGGCAGACCACCCAUGCCAGGGCAGAUGCCGCCCCCGGGAAUGCCCCCGCCAGGAAUGCCACCGAGACCGGGGAUGCCGGGUGGGCCUCCUCUUGGAUUCAGGCCUGGAAUGCCACCAGGAAUGCCACCUGUGGGAAUGCCUGGAUUUAGGCCACAGGGCGGUGCUCCACCUCCAGGAAUGCGAUCCAUGGGGGGAGUGCCUGGUGCUCCACAACAGUUCCCACCACCUGGUGGUGGCCGAGGAAUGUCAGCUUUUCCUGUACCUGGGCAAGCGCCACCACAAGGAUUCGGACGACCUCCUCCAUCAAUGCGUCCUCCUCCUGGUCAACAAAACCAAGGCCGUGGACAGUGA